AAAUAAUUUGAGGGUCAGCAAUGUCUGAGGUUGAAGAGACAAUCAAGCGAAUUCAAUCGCACAAAGGAGUGAUCGGAAUCAUUGUCGUCAGUCAAGAUGGUAUACCAAUAAGAACGACUCUUGAUAACAGCACCACAGUCCAAUAUGCCGGUCUUAUCCACGAACUGGCAAUCAAGGCCAAGUCUGGUGUCCGAGAGAUAGACGCUCAGAACGACCUCACUUUCCUUAGAAUAAGGUCAAAAAAGCACGAGAUCAUGGUGGCACCCGACAAGGAUUACCUCCUGAUCGUUAUACAGGACCCGUCUGUUUCUUCCUAGCGACUUAGCUGACACCCAACGUCCCAACUGGUACCUUUGUAACCUCCUAGUUGAUAUCCCCUCUGGUACCUCUGUAUCUCCUCAACGAGAUACUAUCCUGUAUCUCCUAAACGAGAUACUAUCCUGUAUCUCCUAAACGAGAUACUAUCCUGUAUCUCCUAAACGAGAUACUAUCCUGUAUCUCCUAAACGAGAUACUAUCCUGUAUCUCCUAAACCAGAUACUAUCCUCCCUCUGCGCUGCCGCUUAAUGCUGCUAUCGUUGCCCUUUAGGAGUCGUUAGAGGCAGCUCACACUACUCCGGGAGAAGUUCUCUCUAAACUUGGAUUGGGAUUGCUAGGCUGAUCUACACGAAAUGUGUACUCAUGCUAUUAAAAGAACAUGUAUUUGAUUUUUCUCUGUGUUAUGUAAAUGGUUUUGGGUCUUUUUAUUUCUGUAAUUGUAUUAAAGAUAAUCGCUGUCCAAAUUCUCUACUUUUUUUCUUAAUUUAGAUGGCAAUUGUAGUCCAGUAUGUCACUGCAUGGCUGUAUAACUUAUAUUAUUUGCUCUAAUUUCCUUUGAAGAUAAUCGUUAAAACUGA